CCUUCUGUCCCGCAAGACUGCCACUCGGGAAAAGCACACAAACUCUCCCCGCUCCACGGACUCCCCACUCGGCGUGACCAUGACAGAGGAAAGUCGGGGCAAGAGGAGGAAACAAGCCAACCCGAGGAGAAGUCGAGUGGAUGCAGAGCAAGUGGGUUCACUGGGGUCUGAGGGAGAGGACGAGGGGGGGCUCUGGAACUUAGAGCCCCAGGACUACCAGGAGAGCCUGGACAAGACCAGCCUGACUCCCAGCGAGGGCACGGAGGAGCCCGACAGCCCCGCCCUCUCCGCGCAGCCGCCCAGCCUCAGUCCGGGAGGCGGUGGCAGGAAAUUCUGGGCUCAGGUGGAGCCGGAAGCCGAGGCCACAGACGAUGGCGGCGGUGUGGCCUCUGCCGGCGACAGGGAGGGGGAGCAGGGAUCACUGAGGAUGCACUAUAAAAGCUCAGACUCCCAGGUGGACUUGGAGGACCUUGCCCAUUAUGACUUCCUGGCCAAGCUGAGGAAGACCUCCACCUCCGCCAGUCUGUUGGACCAUUUCGGCCACAAUGGCACAUCCACCGUGCACGAGGAGCUGCCGCCCGCCAUGUGGUCCCCGGGCGCUCGGCACCACUCACCUGACGGGGCAGAUGCCAGGAGGAGACAGCAGGCCUGCCCCUUCUGUCACAGGACAUACCAGCAUGGAGCCUCUCUGAGGGACCACGUCAAAUACUGUCAGGACAGAGACAGGGGACACAUGGUCUGUCCAUUCUGUGGAUACACUGCCCCCCAUAGGGCGCAACUGGAGCAACACCUGGCGCUUCACCACAAAGUGCAUGACAAGAGUGCCAUCACAUUGGAUCAGGGCAUGGAGACCAGGAAGUUCAAAUGUGUGCAGUGCGGAAAGGCCUUCAAGUAUAAACACCACCUCAAAGAGCACCUCCGCAUACACAGCGGAGAGAAACCAUACGAGUGCUCCAACUGCAAGAAGCGUUUCUCCCACUCUGGCUCGUACAGCUCCCACUUGAGCAGCAAGAAGUGUCUCGGCAGUUCAGGAGGGACAAACGGUGCAUUGAAUGGGCAUCCAUCCUUUCCAGCAUCUCCGUCUGCAGGCAGGGAGAGAAGCGGUAAGGGCUCUCCUUUGGCGUCACAAGCCCAGGAGAGCAGCAGGCCUCUGGGCCAAGGACCUGAAGAUCCUCACCAGUUUUCAGUGCAGGAUUACGGCUUCAGAGCUUCAGACCUGCCUCCUCUUUGCAACCCCUCGGCGGAGCUCUCCUUGAGAGCCAGCAUCUUGAAGGGGACCACCCUGCUGCCUUACCUCCAGUCUGGUUCCAAGUUCGAGCAAAUGCUGCAGGAGAUGCUCCACAGGGAGGUGAGCAAGUACGAGGACAUGGACACCGUGGAGGAGAGGCGGAACGGAGGAGGAGGUCCUGAUAGGAAGUUGUCCCCAGAGCGGGGGGCUAAGUCAGGCGGCGUGACGUGUCGCUGGUGCUUGCAGGUUUUCCCCAACGUUGUGGUCCUCCUGCAGCACGAGCACUACCUGUGUAAGAUGAACCGUGAAGCCGUGGAGGCGCCUGAAGGCGCUCACGGCAAAGACCACCCCAAGGACGCGACCAAUGGAACCUCUGGAGGAGAAUCACCUGCAGUGCAAAAGUGGUCUUCUGUACCUCAGCAGCUUCUGGUGGCGCUGCAUUCUCCUCAAGGAAGCCCCAACCACGCCUCAGAGGUGUCCUCACCUCACACCAGAAGAAGACUUCCAUCUUUGGGUUCUCCUGCAUGCAUUGACCUCAGCAGCCAUCCACCUUCUGAACUCUCCUCACCUCACACGUGUGCUCAGAACGAACCUCUGGACCUUUCCGUGCGCAAGCAGCUAGCAAGUGUCAACGGUACGUCCUCCAAGGGAGGCAGGACAGACGACAGGAGGCGGCCGAGUCCUGCACAACUUCCAGAUCCUUCCCUCCACCCCAUGUACAGAGCUCCUCCUGUCUUUCCAGGAUCUUUGUACAAUGGAUUCCCCUUCUUCAACCAGCCCGCUUUGAGCUUUGCAGGACACGACAGCAUCGCACCGCUCCCAUUUGGCCCCGGCUUCCUGUCUCCUUUGGCCUACAUGGUGGACAGCGACUCAGAAGCCACGCUCAAGAAGCUGCAUCAGGAGAGACAAGCGCUCAUGGGGGAGGUGUUAAACCGUGGAGCCCUGGACUACCUCUCUCUCAUGGAUGAAGGCUUGGAGGGGGACGGAGGACCAGGACGCAAGAGACUGAAGAAGACGGACGAGGGUCUUUACGCUUGCGACAUUUGUGAAAAAACCUUCCAGAAGAGCAGCUCGCUGCUGCGGCACAAAUACGAACACACGGGCAAGCGUCCCUACGAGUGUAAAGUGUGCCAGAAGGCGUUCAAGCACAAGCACCACCUGAUCGAACACAGCAGGCUGCACUCUGGAGAGAAACCCUACCAGUGCGACAAGUGCGGAAAGCGCUUCUCGCACUCGGGCUCCUACUCGCAGCACAUGAACCACCGCUACGCCUACUGCAGCAAGGACCAGCAGGACCCCGACCACGAUCACGAAGACCUGCCCCGAGAGCCCGCCCUGUCCACGGACGACACCCGGACCCCGCAGUCCUUCCUCAGCGACGCAAGCCUGGACGGCGCUUCUGAGGCGCACAAAGAGGAGGAAGAAGAUCAGGAUGGAAGAGACGAAGAAGAUGGAGAUCCUGUCCCGGCUGAGGAGAGCGCAGACGGUGCGGAGCUUUGGGAUGGACACCAGCAGGACCGGAAUGGAGACUUGGAUAAAUGUGAACUGAGUGUGGACGUGACACAUCUAGCCACAAUAAAAACUUGAUGGAAGGACAAAAGCGUACGUAGAUGUAGUGUACAUAGAUGUCUCCUGCCAAAGAAACACAGCAUGAAGCCACUCCAGCCAAACAUGUGACACAACCUUUCGCUUUCAUUCAGCCAAACACUAAAUACGGGACGUCUUAUUGGCAGUGGAACCUCGAAAGCUCAACAAAAUCACGUUUUUUUAACCUCCAUACUUCAUUUCUGAUUUGUUUUCCCCCCUCAUAGGAAAAUAAUCUGUUCCAGGGUCAAACUGUCACCCUCCUAAAACCUUUAAAUAACAAUACAGGUCAUUUCAUUAACAGCAGUUUAAACUUUCACGCUAUUUCACUGAAUGUUUUUCUUUUAAUUUAGUAUUAUUUCAUCAUUAUCAAAUAAAAACACACAAUAUUAAAUGAUGUUUUAAUUCUUUUUUUUUUUAAAAAACACUAAAAAAUGAAUCACCAAGGUGUCAUUUGAGUCAGGCCGCAUCCGCGCCUUCUACUUUCUCA